UCCCUCAUUCAUUCGCAGAGAAAAGGUUCUGUCCUUAAAGGCGUAGAUGAGCGUAAUGUAUUCAUAGAGAGCUGAAGGAAAAAAAAUGAAAAAGGCGUUUUGACUACUUGAUGCGAGUAAUAGAGCUGGAUAGCCCCAAUGUGCGCAGAGAGUGGGCUCUGCGUAAAGAACCGGAGACUCCAGAGCAAAGCAGACAUUUAAACUGGCAAGAGAAGUUUAUAAGCCAUCCAGUGUUUGGACCUUUUUGAUCGCUCAUGCUCAGCUGAUUAGGAGUUUAAUUAAGAGGCAAUUUACUUCGUCAUCUUGCGCACAAACAGGAACAACAUUAGACUAUUUGUGCCUCACAGAGGUUUUACAGUUGCAGCCUGUGUUUGAGGAAGACAUGGCCAAGUUAUUCCGAGCUGCUAUCAUGGGUCCACCAGGAUCAGGGAAAGGAACGAUAUCCAAGAGGAUUGCGCAAAGCUUUGGCCUGCAAUAUCUGUCCAGUGGCCACUAUCUACGAGAAAGCAUAACGGCAAAUACAGAGGCAGGUGUGCUGGUGAAGACAUACGUAGAAAGAAGCAUGCUGGUGCCUGAUCAUGUGAUGACCAGACUGAUGCUGCCCAGACUAGAACAGCUCAGCAAUAACAGCUGGCUGCUGGACGGUUUUCCCCGGACUCUGGCGCAGGCCCAAGCUUUGAACAAUUUGUAUCAGCUGGACCUGGUCAUCAGCCUAAACAUCCCCUACGAGACUCUGAAGGAGAGGCUGAGCGACCGCUGGAUCCAUCCAGCCAGUGGCAGAGUCUACAACAUGGGCUUCAACCCGCCUCGAGUGCAGGGUAAGGAUGACAUCACUGGGGAGCCACUGGUUCAGCAUGAUGAUGACAAACCAGAAGCCUUGAUGUACAGACUGAGACACUACAAAGAUGUGGCCAAGCCUGUCAUAGACUUAUACAAGUCACAGGGAAUCCUGCACUCAUUUUCGGGUACAGAGACAGACCGGAUCUGGCCAUAUAUCAACUCUCUCCUCAGCACCAAGAUGCACACACAGAUAACCGAUGCCGUCCAAACAGAAACACCCUGACACUACUCUGAAUGAAAAGACCACAGGGAAACAUCAGGAAGCAGCCAGAGGAAGUGUGGUGAUGUUACUUGCUAGCCUCAGCUUUCAGUUUCCUCAUUAAUAGUGAAGUUUAGAGAGAAGGACACUGAUCAAAACUGUUGUCAAUUUUUCAAAUGAAUAAGUUGUAAGCAACUAUUUCAAGAGCUUUAUUGAUUGUGUUGAAAUGUUCAGUUCCUUUAAGGCAAUAUCAAAACUUAUCCUUUUUGUAAAUCAUAAUUUUACACAAGCACUCAAUCAAGUAAUUGUUUUUUUAAAUCUGCAAUUGUUCCAGUUCCCAUACAUUAAAUUUAAGUCAUAGCUCAUUCAGGGAAGCUGUGGUAGAACCUGUUAGAAGGUUUUAAGCAGAAGUAAAAGUAAAUAGAGAAGGAAGGAUUCCCGUUAUUGCAGCUCUCAAACCAAACCAACAACAGAGAUAACCAUGAAUAUCACUAAAAUAUAUUACAGUAAGUAUCUUACUCCAACAUUAAACAUGUGAUACUAAAUUACAAGAUUAUUGUUAUGAAAACUUUAAUGAAAGCAGACAUAGGAAAUAUUUCUAAAAUAAUAUAGAUUUAAUUAAUUGCACUUUAAAUUGUAUUAUUUUGUAAAGGAUAAGACUGAAACCAUUCAGUUUCCCUUUAAGUACUUCAUGAUAUUGUAAUACUGCCAUUUCCAUUGAGCAAGAUACACAUUACAUUUUUAUUACAUUUGGUCUCACUACAGGCUUAAUUGACAGAUUCACUGAGGGCAAUACAGACACUAUGCAUUGCGUUGUAUCUAAAGGUCUCUAUUUUUGGAAAAGUUGAAAAACAUGCUGUGUAAUAUGCUGUAUAAAAUGCCUGAAAGUCAGCUGUUACAUAUAAGGGGCAGCAUGGCUCAGGAGGUAGAGCAGUUGUCUAGUAAUCCGUUCGAUCCCUGGUUACUCCAGAGAGUGUUGAAGUGUCCUUAAGCAAGACGCUGAACCCCUAACUGCUUCUGAGCAGGAUGGCACCUUGCAUGGCAGCCUCUGCCAUCAGUGUAUGAAUGUGUGUUUGUGUGUGUGUGAUUGGGUGAAUGUUGGCAUGUGCUGUGAAGCACUUUGGUUGGUAGAAUAGAAAAGCACUAUAUAAAUGCAGUCUUUAACAAUUACGAUAUGUAACUACCCUGCAGAAUCCUUUUUUUUUUUUUUUUUUUUUUAAUUUGUUGGCUUCUUCAGCUCAGUGUUUCGAGGAUACAUCCAUCAAAUAUGCAAACAAUGUGCACUGCAUAAACUGCUCUUGACUUUUGUACUGGAAUGCUGCAGAAUAUUAUGCAAUCUGCAACUGUUAACAUGCAGGAUAAUCUACUGGGGAGAAUCACUCUACAGCACACUCUGUGGCUGGGAUGAAGACCAAAUAUAGAGUGCCUCUGAUGUUGUUACAUUCCUUUUAAUUAAAUAUACAAUGUUGCCUUGAGAUUCGAAACAUCAAAAUGUCACACAUUAGCGUUUUUCAAAUGAAAUGUUUUGCAGUGUUUGUUCAACUUUUAAAUACUGCUGGAUAUAGCUUUAAUCAGUAACAGGUCACUUUUAUGAUUUACAUGAUAUGUAAAGGUCUUGUUUUUCAGAAUGUUGGAAUAUAUAAAUCUGUGUUACUGAGUGAACAACUUGUAAAAUGUUAACAUUUUUAAAUUGGUUUUU